CGUCUCCGAUGCUAUCGUCGACGCCCUCGUCUACGACAUCCCAGCAGCACUACCUCAUGUAUGACGAGGACAACACCACGGUGGACCACAAGAUAAACGAUGACCGCAUGAUACUCAGCGCUAGUGCAGCCACGGAAAAUCUAAUGGCCAGCAGCAGUGGAAGCGGUAGCAGCAGUGCUGGCGCUGGUAGCGUCGGUGCCGGUACUACUGGAGGCAGCUUCGGGAUGGGUAUCGGUAUGAAUAGCGGAGCGACUGCUGGCCACGGCGGGAGACUUCCUGGAUACUGGCAACAUGCUGCCACUUCGGCUGCUGGAUACUGGUCGACUUUAUUCGACUCUUGGACUAAUAAUUCCAUCGCGACUGGGUCACAGUCAUUGUCCCUCACGUGGGAUGAUAAUCGCAAUCAGUGAUUACUGGUUAUUAUUAUUAUUAUUAUUAUUAUUAAAAUUAUUUUACUACACGAAUAUUUUUAUCAAUUUUUUUUUAAUUGUUGCAUCUAUUUUAUAAAGAUAUUUUUUAUUUUAUUGGAUUUAUUUUUUUUUUAACUGCAAUCAGAAAUUGAGAUUAUUUAGACCAAAGUUUUGUGCAAUAAUUUGACUUAUCGAAUUAAUCUUAGAUGAUUUAUUGUAAUUGGUAAAAGUAAUUCGUGUAAUUGUAAUCAGUAAUUUAAAAAUACUUUGUAGAUAUUUGUAUAGUAAAUAUUAAUUGUACGAACUCGUUAAUCUAAUCGAAUUAAAUUAAAAUAUAAAUUGUAUAACAUUUAAAUGAUAAUAAUGAUAAU